CAGAGAGUUCCAACCUCCCUCGUUGAGUCUUCCUUAUGAGUGAACCUCAACUCGUAAAUCAUCAUUUUUAUUUUAUUAUAUAUAUAUAUAUAUAUAUAUAUAUAUAUAUAUACAUAUUAACAAAAGACCACUUAAUCAACAUUUAGUUAAAUACAUAUAAUUCUUUUUUUUUUUUUCAUGUCUUUGUUUUCUAUCUGAGCAGUGAGUGACACCAGUCCAGUUGAAUGCAUGAUUUUGUUUUGUUUUGUUUUGUUUUGUUUUCUCUCCCUUUUUGGACGGACUCGAACAUCUGUUGUCCUCUGUGACCUGCAAGAAUAGCAUCUCUCUCUUCCAGCCAUCCAUCGCAAAGACCUGAGACGAUCUGAGUGACGCCGCUUUUGGUUACACGGCGUUCCUGUCCAACAGAAAGACACUGACCAUGACGUUGAACGUGGAGGGUCUAGUGGUGAUGGCAGCCUUCUACCUGCUGAUCCUGGGAACUGGCAUUUGGGCUUCCAUGCGCUCCAGGAGAGAAGAGAAAAAGUGGCAAGGAGAUGGAAUGGAGAUCACACUACUGGCUGGAAGGAAGAUCAACUUACUCGUGGGCAUCUUCACUCUUACAGCCACAUGGGUAGGAGGAGGUUUUAUCCUGGGUAUAGCUGAAGCCACAUACAACCCGACAUUAGGAGCAGUGUGGGCUCUCAUGCCGGUGCCUUAUGUGGUUACAUUCUUCUUGGGUGGCUUUUUCUUUGCAAAGCCCAUGAGAGAGAACAAUUAUGUGACUAUGAUGGACCCUUUCCAGAAGAAGUAUGGGAACUUCCUGAGCAAUGCUCUGAUCCUUCCUGCACUGAUCGCUGAUGUUCUGUGGGUGUCACGCACACUUGUCAGCCUGGGUGGAACUAUGGCUGUGAUCCUGGACCUUUCUUACGCCUAUUCCAUUAUCAUCUCCGCCGUGGUUGCCAUUGUGUACACGCUCUUGGGAGGGCUUUACUCUGUGGCUUAUACAGAUGUGAUCCAGCUCAUCCUCAUCUUCGUCAGCCUGUGGGUGUGUGUCCCUUUCCUGUUGACCAAUCCUCACUCUUUGGACAUUUCGCUGACGGCCUACAACCAGACCUUCCAGGCUCCCUGGGUUGGCACGGUGAACCUCGAUGAAGCCGGCAAGUGGUUUGACGACUUCAUGCUCCUGGCUCUCGGUGGUUUGGCCUACCAAGCGUUCUACCAGAGGAUCCUGGCAGCCUCAUCUUACACCCAGGCUCAAAUAACCUGCUUUGCCUCCUCUGCCUUCUGCCUGGUGCUGGGUAUCCCCUCUGUGCUCGUGGGAGCAGUGGCUGCAUCUACUGAUUGGAACUCAACACGCUAUGGGCUGCCAACUCCAUAUGAACGUGGCGAAGUAGGUUCUAUCCUCCCUAUCUCCCUGCAGUACCUCACGCCCACCUACGUGUCGAUUAUCGGGAUCGGAGCUGUAGCUGCUGCUGUCAUGUCCUCCAUGGACUCAGCCCUGCUGUCCUCUGCGUCGUUGUUCUCGUCCAAUAUCUACAAGAACAUAAUCCGGAAGCAGGCGUCAGACCGUGAGAUGCAGUGGGUGAUUCGUAUCUCAGUGGUGGUUGUCGGUCUGGCUGGCGCUGGCCUCACCUUCUUGGACAGCAGUGUGCUGGUCUUCUGGCUCGUGGGUGUGGACAUGUCAUAUACCAUCAUGUUCCCUCAGCUGGUCUGCGUCCUCUUCUUCAAGCAGUCAAAUGGCUACGGGGCCACUGUGGGCUUCCUAAUGGGAAUCACCAUGAGAAUCCUGAGCGGGGAGCCGCUUGUCAGCCUGCCGCCCGUCAUCCACUUUCCCAACUGCCGGCUGGAUGCUGAGGGCAAGCUCACCCAGUUCUUCCCCUUCCGCACCGUGAUCAUGCUGGGCUCGCUGGUCACCAUCAUCGUCAUCUCUUGGCUGAUGGCUCAACUUUUCAACAAAGGGCUUUUGCCGGAGAAGUGGGAUGUGUACAAGGUCAAAGACGAGCAAAACAAGCCUGUCGAAGAGAGGACCCCUGAAGACAACGAAGAGCUCUCCGUAUCCAAGCAGCUACUGGACACCACCAGCUGCUGAGGGGCCUCACAGGCUAAAGAUGGGCCGUGACGGGAGGCAGACACGAUUGUCUGCUGGCCAGGAGUUGGCAGAGGGCCAUUAACAACAAGGGCUUAACACUGUCAAUAGAAUCUGGACAGAAUCAGUGAAUUUGUGUCACAUACUGUACAGACCCACAUUGGCAAUAUGUCCCCAGAGUCCUCUCGCACCCAUCUUUAUUAUCAGCUUCCUUCUACAAUAAAAAAAAAACAAAACCAAAAACAACACAAAAUGUCAACUUAGCUUGUGUAUGAUAGUAAAGUACCCAUUAACCAGUAUAGCAUAGAAUGUGAUUUAUUAAAAACAUCCAAUAAUUACUGAGCCUUAUCAGGUAAUCACACAUCUCUGAAAUGGACAGAAGGAGCGCAGCCUUUUAAAAUCAUUUCCAUUUGGAAAAGAUGAGUAUUGGAAUUUAUAAAGUGUUUUGUGUUUAAUGGAUUUGGGAUUUGUACAGAUCUGUAGAAAUAUAUUUUAUCACACUAGAAAGUAUAUUGUUCCUUUUUUUUAUUCAAAUGUCCCUUGACAAAAAGUGCACUUGCAACACUUUUUCGGCCGUCUGCACCAAAAAAAAGGAAUAUUCAGUCCAACUGAAAAAGAAAUGAAAUCGUUUACAGUUCCGUGUUACAAUUUUACAGGUUCUACAGGUCAUUUGUUUCUUGCAACGUACCAGUCCAAAUUGUCACUCCAGAAACAGAACUGCAAAAGGCAAUCUUUAUUAUGAAAUGAAUUUCAGUGCAGUUAGCGUGUACUUGUAUUUGCAUUGUCACUCCAAAUGAUUUCAUGAAUGCUGCAGCUGGCUCACAUCAGGAGAAACACCCCUACCAAACUAGAACCUGUGAACAACCUCAUUGUUUCUACAUGUUGCAUUGUAGCCUUGCCAGUAUAAAACAGCAAGGUACGCUGAUUUGAAAAUAAACUUGACGACUUGUUCUUUGACGUGCAAUGAAAGCAUCACCAGUUAUGUGAACAUGUCCAAAAUGUGAAUACAUCGUUCUCAAGCAGAAGCACUGUCAACAGCCGGGCCAGUUGGAAAGCUCCCAUUGUAUUAUUACCUCCCAGGGUGUCCCACCCUGCCUGAUGCAGUCAGUCACGUUGCCGGCUGGGCAAUGUAAACAAAUAUGAACACUCACAUACUGCACACAAAUGUGCAGAAACACGCUAUUUAAACAUUGUUCUGACAUCUGUUUAAUUUAACCUGUUUUGAUAUGUUUUAAGGAGCGAAUUCCCAUUGUGUAUAUUCCUUUUAACUGAUGAGCCUUCACUUUGUUUCAUCACUGUAUUGUUCUGAGCCUCCAAGCAUUUUAUUGAAUAAGGCACUAUUGUGUGUGACAAUCUAAACUACCAUUUACGUGAAUAUCACUGGAAACUGGUCUCCCUCGCCUGUUAGUGUUGAUUCAAUUGAUACUAUGAAACGGGUGUAUACAGAAUACCUUGUGUAGCGGCUCCACACAUGACUCUGAAUGCCAUUCAAAACAAAUUGUCAGAUGGUCAAAAUCUGUUUUCCAAAGACUUCUUGUAGAAUCAAAACAGAACUCAUUGCAUGCAUCUUUUUUAGAGAUGUGAGUUCUAAAUGUAUUAUACACUUGUACAGCCUAAUCACAAUUUUAUAUAUUGACUCUUGUUAUUUUUAUAUCAAGGUGGAUUGCCAUGCGUUAGUUUUAGAGGAACAACACAAAUGUGUAUUUCUAGCUCAAGUGAACAAUGUAAAAUUUACCCUCAAUUUUGAUGGAAAAUGAAUGUAGACCUGUUAUCACUUUAUGUUGCAAUUGGCCUUUUAUGAUUGGCCUGCACUUUUCAGCAGUGUUGCCGCAUGUUACAUGUCGUUAUCGUCAUCACAAUGAACACUGCUCCCCAUAGCACUACAUGCAACUUCAGAUAUUCAGCCAGCAGUCCUUACCAAUGGACAAAUAUGCCUUAAUUGUGGAGUAUUUGUGUGGCAUUUUGCAUUUAUUUGAUCACUUUUAGAGUAGUAAUAUUUUAUUUCCAAUGUUGGAGUUUUCCAAAGGUCAUCCAUUGACACCUUUAACUGGUUUUAGUUUUUUAAUAAACAGUAAGCUCUACUUUAUUUCUCCCUCCUUGUCUGUAUGUGGUUUUAUACUAUUAUGCAUGUCUAUUGUCGGUAACUGUAUGUAUACUGAACUUUCGCGAAGGCUGUUCUCUCUUGCCACUUGGCAAGGUCCUACUUUGUAAUCGAUUAAUGUAAAUCCCCAUGGGGUGAGCUUCUGUCAGAAUAAAAGCUGAUUUAAAAAUGA